CGGGAGAUUCUGGACGAAAUCUGUCGGAUAUUUCUUUCCAAACUGUCAGAUUUUCCCGAGAUUUCCAUCUCUUUCUGACCACCUCAUGUGUUCCCAUUUAAAAGUCAUACGCUCUUUGCUCUAUUCUUACAUCUCCUCGUGGUAAUUCUGUUUACCUUCUUAUUCUAUUUCUUUUGUUGGUUCUUCUCUUUCUUCUGAUAUAUGUGAGCCACAAGUAUGGCUGCAAGGGCACAGUUCCAUGUUCUGGCUGUAGAUGAUAGUCUCAUUGACCGAAAGUUGAUUGAGAGGCUCCUCAAAACCUCUUCUUAUCAAGUUACUGCAGUGGAUUCUGGUAGCAAGGCUUUAGAAUUUCUGGGUAUUCAUGAAGAUGAAGAGAAUAAUGAAGCAAGCAUUCCCUCUGUUUCUCCAAAUGAUGAUGACGAUGAUGAUCAUCAGGAUGUGGACAUCAGUUUGAUCAUCACAGACUAUUGCAUGCCGGAAAUGACAGGUUAUGAUCUCCUUAGAAAGAUCAAGGAAUCUAAAUCUCUUAAAGACAUACCAGUUGUAAUCAUGUCCUCAGAUAAUAUCCCAUCAAGGAUUAACAGAUGCUUGGAAGAAGGAGCAGAGGAGUUCUUUCUGAAACCAGUUCAAGUAUCUGAUGUGAAUAAGCUUAAAUCCCAUUUGUUAAAGGGUAAAGCCAAGGAAUCACAACCCAACAUUAACAAGAGAAAUAUCAUGGAAGAACUGUUCUCACCAGACAGAACAAUAACAAAUUAUGGUGGAUUGGAAAAGGUCUAAACAGCACUGGAUGAUCGAUAUGGUAGCAGAACACAGUCCUCUCCCCCUCUUUCUACCUUAUGAUUUUGAUUUGUUCCAUGAUUGAUUUAAGAUGCUCAACAGAAAUAAUUAUGCGUGAUGAUGGGAAAAAGUGCUACAUUUUCAUAUUUGAAAAAUUCUUCUCAUCAGCUACUAUUCAUCACUCCACACCCCCAUCUUAUGAAAAAUACCCUACACCAUAUGAAAAAGUUAUAGAUAUGGAGUGUAAGAGUAAAUAAUGACUGAUACAUAGCAUUCAUCUUUCGUAUUUAUGAUUCUCUCUCUCUUUGAGAACUGUAAGCUUAAAAUUUUGAGCAUAGUAGGGGCUCAAUUAACAUAAGAUUAUCUCAAUUUUGUUGUCUUCUUUACAGAAU